UCCGCCCACCCCGGGGGCGGGGCCGGCGAUGGUGGGGCGGAGGCAGGAAGAGGAGGAGGGGGGUUGGCCCUCAGCCCGCCCGGCCCUGCCCGGCCAGGCCAUGGAGGUCUACAUUCCGUCUUUUCGUUAUGAAGAGAGCGAGCUGGAGAGAGGCUACACGGUCUUUAAGAUAGAAGUGCUAAUGAGUGGACGGAAACAUUUUGUAGAAAAAAGGUACAGUGAAUUUCAUGCUCUGCAUAAAAAGCUCAAGAAAUGUAUAAAAACUCCCGAAAUUCCUUCCAAACAUGUUAGAAACUGGGUCCCAAAAGUCUUGGAGCAACGACGACAAGGUUUGGAGGCCUAUUUACAGGCUGUCAUUUUGGAAAAUGAGGAGCUUCCGAAAUUAUUUCUUGAUUUUCUAAAUGUACGGCAUUUACCCUCUCUACCAAAGACAGAAAGUUGUGGCUCUUUUGAGGAAACAGAAUCUGAAGAGUCUAGCAAACUGUCCCACCAGCCAGUGCUGCUGUUCCUAAGGGAUCCAUAUGUCUUGCCUACAGCCAACGAUGAUUUUCCAAAUGUAGUUAUUGAAGGAGUUCUCCAUGGGAUAUUUUACCCUCAUCUACAGCCCAGGUAGAAAUCCUGUGUGGCUAAAGAAGCUGGAACAAGUUUCAAAGUCUUAGUCAAGGAAAUCGAUUAUCUCCCAAAUUACCUAAACUCCGUGACAUAAUAGCUAUAGUCAUUGCUAAAAUUCAUAGUCCCAGCUACAUUCAGGGAAGUAUAUGUUUCCUUUAACAUUGUGCUUUUUAAAAAUAGAAACUGAACUUGGGGUUUAGUUAAGCAAAGGCAGAAUUUUUAAGAAAUAGGAUAAAGCAGCCUGCCUAGAAACACAUAGAAAGGAGGCCUAUAGAGAAGGUUCUUAUGAUUGUUGCCUCCUUAAAAAUUCUUGUCUGCAUCAGCAACACUUAAGUUAAAUGAGGGUCAUAUACUGAAGACUGAGACACACUGAGACUGACAGUAACUUUGCAAACUUUGUUUAGUUUGGGUUUUUCAGUACACUAAUCUUAUUACCUUGGGAUUUUCCCUGCUGGCUAAAAGUGUAUACUGAAGAGCCGGCACCAAGAAAGGUUAUCACAGAAACAUUGUGACAAAUAAAUAUGAGAAAUGGGUUAAACUGGAAAUUGAGAGUAACUUGAAAGUAUUCGCAUAUUUGUAUUGACUCUUCCCUUCCCCUCCGCUUCCCAACCCCACCCCCAACAUAUCCAAUUUAUAUUUGAUUGGGGAAUAGUAAAGGCAUAUAUGCUUGCCAUCAAUACUUAGGUAUUUCACUUGAAAACUAAAUAGCAACUCCAUUUUAAGGUGGUUGGUUUUAGUAAGCUCCUGGGUGGCAAUUUAAGGUGGUUGGUUUUAGUAAGCUCCUGGGUGGCAAUGUAUGCAGAAACAAAUUUAGAAUUCUAACUAAUGAACUCCGCUACUGCUAAUGAUAGUCUAAUUGCAUAAACUCAAGGCCUUCCUGCAUUUUUAAGAUAAAUUAUACAAAGGGCAUUUUAUGCUGCUUCAUGGUGAAGACAAUUAGUAUUGCCAAGUAAUAAAAUAGCAUUCACUUAGAGUAACAGGGCUUUUCUAAUGUUGGAGAUACACUAAAAUAGUUUGUAUAUUACUGAAUACUGGGCUGUAAAAUAAACUUAAGAUACAAGAAAAUA